UAUCAAGGCUAUGAAGUUACUAAGUGAACAUGGGACGUUGAUGUUCUUGACCUUGAACUACUCCUGGACGCUUCGCGGGAAGAAAUACUGGAAAUGCGCGGAGCCCGGUUGCCGACAAACGGCUGUGACACUGAUGGACUCAAAAGAUAUGGUGAAGUCCCCUCUAUAGAGCACCCAGGGCACGGUCCAUCCAGGGAGAAAAUUGUGAAUAAGAAAGUUGCCUGGAAUGUGAAAAAUGCCAUUUUUCAGCACUUAAUGGCUUCCGUUGCAGCGGCUCCUGAUUCGAUAUUUGGGUUGAAGGCAGCAGAUCGAGGAUACGCCCCAUCCCUGAAUGCCUUGAAACAGGAUGCUCUAAGGAAGAGGAGAACAGAAAUUCCAGCAUUGCCACCCACAGUCGCAGAUCUUCAGGUUGACGGCAGCUACCGCUGUACAACGGAGGGUGUGGACUGGCUCGUUCAUGAUCAUGUGCACAAUGCCCUUCGGAUGAUGAUUUUCGCCACCCCAAAGAAUUUGGAAUACCUUCAGCAUGCAACCACUUGAGAAGAUGAUGACUUUGCCAUAAAGAUUCGUAUGAUGACAUGUCUCGCCUUCGUUCCAGUGGAAGACGUCCAGAAAGUAUUUGCUGAAUUGGAAGCAACCAUGCCAUCUGAAGCCAAACCUGUUGUGCAGUAUUUCCGGGAAACGAAAGCUGGAAGAAGACGACGGGGCAGAGCCAGAAAUGAGGCUGUCUAUCCACCGCAGCUGUGGAAUGUUCGAGAUCGAACCCUCUCCACUCAAAGUAGAACAGUCAGUGACAGAGCAUGUCAUUUUGAAGUUGGAAGCGGACCACAUUCCAGGGAAAAAGAGAACAGAGAUUGA